AUGCAGAUCUUUGUGAAGACCCUAACCGGCAAGACCAUUACUCUCGAGGUGGAGAGUUCUGACACCAUUGACAACGACAAGGCCAAGAUUCAAGGCAAAGAAGGAAUUCCUCCAGACCAGCAAAGAUUGAUCUUUGCCGGAAAGCAGCUCGAGGAUGGCAGGACCAUAGCCGACUACAACAUCCAGAAGGAGUCCACCCUCCACCUCAUGUUGCGUUUGAGGGGUGGCAUGCAGAUUUUUGUGAAGACUCUAACCGGGAAGACAAUCACCCUGGAAGUCGAGGGAGAGAAGCUCGAGAAUGGCAGGACCUUAGCGGACUACAACAUCCAGAAGGAGUCCACCCUCCAUCUUGUUCUCAGGCUCCGUGGGGGGAUGCAAAUCUUCGUCAAGACCCUCACUGGAAAAACAAUAACCCUUGAGGUGGAGAGCUCGGACACCAUUGACAAUGUAAAGGCUAAGAUCCAGGACAAGGAAGGUAUCCCGCCUGACCAGCAAAGAUUGAUCUUUGCUGGCAAACAGCUUGAUGACGGUCGUACUCUUGCGGACUACAACAUCCAGAAAGAGUCUACACUUCACCUCGUCCUCAGGCUCCGUGCUGGAAUGCAUAUAUUUGUGAAGACCCUUACGGAGAAAACCAUUACUUUGGAAGUCGAGAGCUCGGACACCAUCGACAACAUGAAGGCAAAAAUCCAGGACAAGGAAGAAAUCCCACCGGACCAGCAGAGGGUGAUAUUUGCCGGAAAACAGCUGGAGGAUGGUCGUACUCUAGCAGAUUAUAACAUCCAAAAGGAGUCGACCCUUCACUUGGUCUUGCGACAAGGAGGGCAUCCCACCCGACCAGCAGAGGUUGAUAUUUGCUGGGAAACAGCUGGAGAUAGGAGGACCUUAGCUGAUUACAACAUCCAAAAGGAGUCUACCCUCCAUCUCGUCUUGCAUUUGAGGGGUGGGAUGCAGAUUUUCGUGAAGACUUUGACCCGUAAGACAAUCACCCUGGAAGUGGAAAGCUCGGACACGAUCGACAAUGUGAAGGCGAAGAUUCAAGAUAAAGAGGGAAUUCCGCGAGAUCAGCAGAGGCUGAUAUUUGCCGGAAAAUAG